AUGUCCUCUGAACUGAACUCCAGUCUCACCAGUAUCGACUGGCUGCCUCCUGGGAUCAGCAGCCUGCGCUCAGGGAAAGAGAGAGGAGGAGGAGAGAGGGACAAGAAGAGAGACAGAGGGAGGGAGAGGGGAGACUUUCUCCCCACUCUGCCGGACCCCUCCCACUCUAACUACAAGGGGAAACCCCCUCACAGCUAUGCCACUCUCAUUGCCAUGGCAAUAGCAGCUGCACCUGAGAGGAAGUUGAGUUUGAAUGACAUCUACACCUGGAUCAGUGACCUCUUCCCCUACUACAGCCGAGCUGGCCGCGGCUGGAAAAACUCCAUUCGGCAUAAUCUGUCCCUUAAUAAAUGCUUCAGGAAAGUUCCUCGACCACAGAGUGACCCCGGCAAGGGUUCCUAUUGGACAAUGGAUGGACCUGCAGAGAUCAAUCAAGUGAGGGCGCCUAAACGUCCAUACCCAGAGGAGGAAGAGGAGAGGCAGGACGUUCCUGUAGGGACACAAGCAGAGAGCAGAGCUUCUCCUCAUCAACCUCCACCUCCAUCCUCACACAGAGACCACCAGCUUCUUAACAAAGAGCCUCUGGGAGCCAUCCAGCAGCAGCAGCCUCCCCACUUUGCCUCUCUUUCCCCACCCCCAUGCAAGCAACCAUCACCCUACAUGCCAAGCCCUGUGUCCACUCACUCUCUCCACAAUCCAUCUCCUGCUGCCCCUAUGUCUUCUAUUAGUUCCUUUCCACAUCACCAUCCACCUGGUCCAACUUUUACACCCCCUCCUGUCUCUGCUUCUCCUUUAUCUGCUGCCAAUAUGUCUUCUCCUGCAGCUCAUUCUUUCUCCAAUGCCCCUUUGUCCUAUCCUGCUAAUUCAGUUUCUGCUCCCACUUUCACCUGCGCUCCUACCUCAGUGCCUGUUUGCACUGUGUCCGCCCCCCCUCACUCCUCUGCAUGUGCUGUCCCUUCAUCUGUUGCUGGUCCUCCUGUUGUCUCAGUGAACCCCCCCGAGCCUCAGCUGCUUUUCACCUUCGAUGAGAUGAUCUUGCCAGACUUGUAUGCGUCUUUCAAAUCUAUCUUCAAGACGAUGCGGGACAGGGGUGGCUCACAGUCGGAUGUUGGUCCACUGGCUCCUCUGAACAAUGACACUACCCCACUUCACACUCCAACUCUGCUACCGUUAUCUCCUCACGCUGCACCAACAGCAGCACCUCCACCUGCCGCACCUCCAUCAGCUGCACACCCUCCUGAGACAGAGCGCAUUCCACAAUACACGGUUCCAGCUGACUGGUUCAGUAACCCUGAUUCUCUGAAGGAGAGCGUCCGCAUUGCCAGCAGUCUAGACUGGGCCAACAUAGACCUCUCUGGUCACCCAGACCUGCUGGAGGGCAUGCGACAGGCGGAGCUCUGUGACUGGGCCUUGGACCCUACGCUCUUCACCUCCCUCUGUGACUCUCUGAACCGUUUCUUCACUCAGAAAGUUCACCCCGUCAGCGGAGUGCAGCCCCCCCGGAGGGCUCCGCACAUGCAGGGACAAAGACCUCAGUUCACACAACCUGCAAACACAACUGCUGGGAUGCAGCCUCAGUCUAUGACGCCCCGACAGCGUCCUCCAUUAAAGAAUCUGCACAGCAACAGCGAGGAGAUCCAGGACGACUUUGACUGGGAUUCUCUGCUAGGUUGACCCGGACUGCCUGUUUGGACCAACCAUUAAAACAGGAGUUUCAGAGAAAUGUGGCUCUUUAGUCUUUACAGCCGUCUCCACUAAACUCUAUGCAGGGGCUGCCUUACUUUUGUAUCUUGAAGCUUCUCUGAGAGCAAGUUUGGGAUCAAGUGUGUCACAUUCGACUGAAUGCUGUAUUUUAAGGUUAAAAUAUUUGUACAAUUGAUUCACCUGUAUUCAAAUUCAUAGCUGUUAUAACUUGUGUCUAUCUUUUUUCUGCAGGCACCUUAGAUGCUUUUUGUUUCUGUUGGAUGUAAGAUUUUAAAACAUUUUCAUCAAAGAAAAUAAACUGUAAAUAUAUUCUUAUCACAUUAUCUGCAGAAAAUAAAUACUUAUGGGAUGUUUGGAUAUUGACAAUAAAGACAUAACAAGCAUGAAACAAGCCAAACACAUAAAGUGUUUUUGUUUUAUUUCGUAAAUUCCUUUUGAUUUUUUUUCCAUUUUACUUUUCAAAUGUGAAUGUUCACAGUCAUCACCACACAAAAGUCAACCUUACCCAAUAAAAGAUAUUUUCUUGUUGAUAUAAAAUAACAAUUCAUCAAACUAAAUUAAAAGAACAGCAUGGAGCAUGUC